AAACUGCUAAUUGUGAUGGACAGUUAGCAUUGGUCUAUUUUCUGAGCGGUGACUUUUGGACGUGACGACAACAUGGCGACACUGGUAGGUUCGUGAGGAAAACUCGUUCUCAAAAGGUAACCCUACAUGUAUGAAUAGCUGCAUUGGAUUCUUCUGGUAAACUUGCAUGGCUGAAUAUGGAUGAAAACAAGUUGCUUCAGCAAAAAGUUUCGUCAAGCAAGCGAGCUCCAUUGAUGCUCCUCUUCUUUUUCGCUUUUGGAACUAUAAAUAUGAUCUACUUUGCACAGAUUUACUUUCAGAAAAUCGACACAAGACCCCAAGAAAAACGUUUGUUUAAUAUCGGGGAGUGGAAUUCAACGGAGACUACACAAGACAACAGAAAGGGAACUGCCGGUACACAAGAAAACAGAAAGGGAACUGAGAAGGCACCAAAGGAUACUUGCAGCCCACAAAGGAAAUUCGUCUUCAUCAAAACUCACAAAACGGGCGGUUGCACCAUAGUGAACAUUUUCCAAAGAUAUGCCAUCAAACACAAACUGUCUGCACUUCUGCCAGCAGCGGGGACUUUCUUCCCAUGGCACUACCCUCCUGCCGAAGAGGAUUACAUCCACACCCCAGAUGAACAGUAUGACGUCCUGAUGAACCACAUGCGGUACAAUAAAACAUGGCUACGGACCAAGUUCCCGGCUGACACAGCCUACAUAUCUGUCCUACGAGAGCCAAGCAGUCAUCUGAAGUCGGCCAUGAAUUACUAUAAUCUUCCCAAGUUAAUGAAGAUCAAGUCUAAGAACCCUGUCCAGACGUUUCUGCAGGACCCGUGGAAGUACAAGGACCUGUCUGAGGCUUACUUUGACUUCUGUAAUGUAACCUGGGACGGUACCAGGAACUUCCUGUCGUUUGAUUUGGGGUACCCUACAGAGGGAGCUGAGGAUAAGGAACGAGCUCGUCGGUACAUCAGUGAACUAGAAGCUGACUUCACGCUGGUCUUGCUGCUGGAACACCUGGACGAGUCUCUGGUUCUCCUCAGACGUCUGAUGUGCUGGGAGGUGCGAGACGUUCUGUACGACAUGACGCCAAAGAACAACCGGAACUACUCCUACAAGAAAUACGUCCCCACCGCCGAGGAACUCGCCAACCUCCGCCUGUGGAAGGCCGUGGAUUACUUACUGUAUGACACGUUCAACGCCUCCUUGUGGAGGAAGAUUGCAGCACAGGGUCCAGAUUUCUAUGACGAGCUUCACUACUUCAAGGAGGUAAAGCAACUUGUGAGCACGCAUUGCAAAAUGCGUGGGAAAGAGAACCUCAAAGUAGCAGCAUCAAAAUGGAGUCCUCAGUUUCAAGUGGACCAAAAGCUUUGCCGUGGCAUGAAAGCAAUGGUACCCAAGCUUUUGGCGACAAUGAGAAAGAGUAUGUGGGCAGCGACAAAACAGCAGAAAGGCAGGAAGAUUGUUCGUAUCCAAACCAAUAUUCUACGAAUCAUCCAUGGACGACCAACACAUAAAUACAGGACUCAUCGUAAGAAAUAGAAAAAAAUAU